AUGAUUGCAGAAGUAAUGCCUGAAGCUCUAAAGAAAUACUUUCCUUUAAUUCUAGCCUUUUUUGUACUAUUCAUUUACUUUACAUUUGUAUACUUUGUUUUUAUAUAAAUUUCAAAAUGUAUUCAAGAAUAUUAAUCAUUAGAAUGUUUGAUGGAAUGGAUAUAUAUAGGUAUAGGCACUUUUAGUAUUAUUAUGUUAUUUUGGGCACUUUAUAGAACAUCUAGAAUUGAUCCUGGAUUUAUUCCUAAAAAUACAUUAGUAGAAUAUGAUGAAACAAAAUAAAGAGAAUAUUGUUUACAAUGUAGAAUAAAGAGACCAGAAAGAUCACAUCAUUGUUCUAAAUGUAAAAGAUGCGUUUUGAAUAUGGAUCAUCAUUGUGUUUGGACAGCUAAUUGUAUUGGCUUAUACAAUAGGAAGUUUUUCUUACUCAUUUUAUUUUGGGGUUCUGUAGGUAUGUUUUCAGCCACUUUACUUGGAUUAACAAAUAUUUAAGCUCUUUGGAAUAGAAUUUGGGAAUAAGAUUCAUUUGAUUUUAAUAAAAUCAAGGCAGGAUUUAUAUUUCUAAUGACAUUUUCACAAUUCUUAAAUGGCUUUGGUUUGUAUUAUUUUUUUUGGAAUAAUUUCAAACUUAUUGCAGUUAAUAUUUGCACACUUGAUUAAAUAAUUUUAAAUAUUGAAGUUUAAAAUAAAAGAAAAUAUGUAUGAAUUUCAAUUUAAUUUUAUAAGCAUACGGAUUUAACAAUAUAUAAUUUAGGAUUUUGGUAUAACUUUAAUUUUUAUUUUGGUAAAAAUCCAUUUCUUUGGUUGAUCCCUAUAGGAAAACCAUUAGGUGAUGGAUAUCAUUGGGAUAAAAAAACUAGUUUCAGAGAAAUGACAGAAACUACUUUAUAAAUCAUGGAAUGA